CGGCUGUUCAAUUUCGUGAUGGACGCCGCCAUGUAUGUUGCGUCGAUUGAUCGAAAAAUCGACGAAAUCGAUUACGACGAGAUCGAUGAAAGAAAUUGAGGUAUUUGAUUUGAUUGAUAAUGUACUUUGUACCUGUCACAAUGUUGCAUUAUCUGUCGUGAUCAAUUUCGCUGACUUGUAUUACAUCGGCACGGAAAGUACAGCUACAUAAAGGCGCUAUGCGCAGUGUCAUGGUAUCAGUGGUAGCUGAACACGCGAACGCACGCAUGUUUGACGAUUGGUAAAAUUGAACGAACUCUAUCGUACAGCCACAUCUCGCAAGGAAUCUGGCAAACUCCAAAUCGUCCGAGAAGUCGACGAGCGCAUAACCCCUUCGGACUGUCAUUUACACGCUUAACUUUUUCGACAAUUAAAUCAGCAAGCGAUCAAGAGUAAUUGAGAAGUUUAAUAUCAUUCCUGAAUUAACGUGUGACGAGCUCCAGAUUUGUAGUCAAUGGACUACGAGAAACAAAAAGAUGAGGUCACUGCUUUGGAAAGUAUCUACAAUAAGGAAGAGUUUUCAUAUAAUGAGGAGAACAACCGAUUUGACUGUACUUUCAAGAUAUUCGUCAAUCUUCCAACAACUUAUCAUCUGACAUACAAGGAUCUGAGACACGAAGUAGACUCUGUGCAGAAAGUGCAAAUAUCGUAUUUACCACCUUUAACGUUACAUGUUACACUACCAGAUGAUUAUCCAUCCAUAUUAGCUCCAACAUUUACACUAUGUUCCUCUUGGUUACGCCCAUCGGCAUUAGCUAAGCUAUGUAAAAAGCUAGAUUUGUUAUGGGAGAGCAGCAAGCAGGAGAUCUUAUUCACAUGGGUGGAAUUCCUCCAGAAUGAAACGCUCAAGUUCUUGAAGAUAAAAGAAUAUUUGGAUAUGGAUUACAUGUACACAUCUUAUAAGAAGACAUUAGAAAAACUGCAAGCUUCGCAAGCGAGUAAGGAGACUGGUGAAUCCCAGAAACAAUGUAUCAGCGAAGUCAGUAAAGAAAGCACUGCAUCAAAGAAAUCGAAUUCCAUCGAUAAGAGGGCGAUUUUAGAAUGUCCGGUUGGCAGAAAUCCUAUUCAAGUCUUGGUCGACUACAACGAGCAACGUAAACAAAUAGAAUUCAAAAAGAAUUUUUACACUUGCAAUAUCUGCUUCACUGACAAAUCAGGGGAGCAUUGUACUCAGUUUCUGCCUUGCGCCCACACUUUCUGCAAAGAUUGCAUCAGAGGUUACUUCGAAGUGAGAAUUAAAGAGGGAAGUGUACAGAAUAUUUGUUGUCCCGAGGAAAAAUGCAAGUUCGAGGCUACACCUGGCCAGAUAAAAGAUUUGGUGAGUUCAGAAUUAUUUUCGAAGUAUGAUUCCAUAUUGUUAAGCGCCACACUAGACACUAUGAUGGACAUCGUUUAUUGCCCACGACGACACUGUCAAUAUCCAGUUACUCGCGAUCUUAACGAUCAAAUGGCGAAAUGCCCCGUUUGCCAAUAUGCAUUCUGUAUUCGUUGUAGGAUGGUUUAUCAUGGAGUAGAACCCUGUAAAAUCAGUACAGCUGAGAAACAACGAUUGGUGAGUGAAUACCAAUCUGGAAGUAACGAAAAGAAGGUUGAGAUGGAGCAACGUUAUGGCAAGAGACAACUCCAGAUUCUAAUAGAGAACGCUAUGUCUGAAAAUUGGAUCAACGACAACAGCCAUAAUUGUCCUCACUGCAAGAGCGCUAUUGAGAAAUCGGAUGGCUGUAAUAAAAUGACCUGUUCGCAUUGUGGCACAUAUUUCUGUUGGCUGUGCGGUAUGCGGCUCAAUCCUGAGGCACCCUACUUACACUUUCGUAAUCCAGAAUCCAAGUGUUUCGAAAUGUUGUAUCGCGGUGUGAUACCCGAUGAACCAGACGAUGACGAUGACUUCGAUCUUCACGCCGAGUAUAUGGAAUACUACUAUUAUACGGACGACGAAGACAUUUAUGAUGAGGAUUUUGUCCUGGAAUUAGAUGACUGAAUUAACGUCGUUAGUUUAUUCGUUCGUUUCUCGAAUUUACGAAACAUAUUCACAAAGUCGGCACUUGUUGAAUAUAGUAAUUUUUAAACAGUUGCUGUUUACUGUAGUUAAGUGAGUACAGCUCACCUGUAACGAGCUACUCGAAAAAGUCAAGGAUCAUUGUAAUAAUUAAUGUAUUAUAAUCGACGUUGAUUUGCGUGACAAGUUCGAAAUGUAACUUGAAACCGAAUAAUUUAAAAUGUAAUGUUAGAUCGAAUAAUUUAUAUUAUUUGUACUAUAUAUCUCAAAAAUCUAUACUUUUAUAAGUAGUUUUAUACAAUUGUUUUAAAUUCAAUCUGGGGAAUUUAUCUUGCAAGCUUUGUUGCACCCGACAGAAAAUCAAGUUUCAGAAAUAACCAAUUUUCGCAGAUAUACUUGCGUCUGGCUAUCUUGAAAUUGCUAUUGUAAGAGUGAAAUAUACAAAUUAUUUUUCCAAUAAUACGAUCAUUAAUCACUACCUCUGUUCGCAGCACAUAUAAUCAAUCUCUCACCUAUAUAAAUCAUUGAUAAAGCACCUAAACUGCAAAUAUAUAAUCAAGAUUCAUGUACUA